AUGAGCCGGGCGCUUAUGGACCAUAUCGCCAGUAGUUUCCGAGAAGAUGCUCCUCGACCCCCGGUGCCUGGGGAGGAGGGCGAGGCGCCCUGCUACCCCGGCAAACUCGCAAUGAUGAAACCUUUGGAGCCCCCCAAAUCGGUUCUGCUCGGCUCUGCGGGUUCCUCGGCAAGGAGGAACGAGGAUGGUCUGGGGGAGCCAGAGGGGAGUGCCUCCCCGGAUUCACCGCUUUCCCGGUGGACAAAGUCUUUGCACUCUCUCCUCGGGGACCAGGACGGUGCUCUUCUUUUUAGGACAUUCCUGGAGCGAGAGAAAUGUGUCGACACUUUAGACUUUUGGUUCGCCUGCAAUGGCUUCAGGCAAAUGGACCUCAAGGAUACCAAAACGCAGAGAGUCGCCAAAGCAAUUUACAAGCGCUACAUUGAAAACAACAGCAUUGUCGCCAAACAGCUCAAGCCCGCGACUAAAACCUUCAUACGGGAUAAUAUCAAGAAGCAACACAUAGACUCUGCGAUGUUCGACCAGGCGCAGACCGAGAUCCAAACCAACAUGGAGGAGAACGCGUACCAGAUGUUUCUGACCUCUGACAUUUACCUGGAGUACGUGAGGACUGGGGGAGAAAACCCGAAUCACGUCAACUCGAACGGGUUGGGCGACCUGAAAGUUGUAUGUGGAUACCUGCCCACCCUCAAUGAAGAGGAGGAGUGGAGUUGUGAUUUCAAAGCCAAAGCGCUGGUUGGACUGUCAGCGAAGGCGAAUAGGGCCCCCGUCUCCAUGAGGGCGGUUGAGGUGAUGGAGAGUCGAUACAGAUCAUACAAGAGAGGAGACUCGCUCAACCCCUGCCAUAUGGGCUCUUUUGCCCCCGUCAGCAGCACCAAUGACAGCGAGGUGUCUAGUGACGCUUUGACCGACGACGCCAUGUCCGUGACUGACAGCAGUGUAGAUGGCAUCCCUCCGUAUAAACUGGGCUCCAAGAAACAGCUACAGAGAGAGAUGCAACGCAACAUGAGGAUGAACAGCCAAGUGUCUCUGCCUGCUUUCCCUCGUACUCGUUGUCCUCCCAAGGAGGUGGUCCCAAUGGAGCCGGCAGAAUUUGCAGCCCAGCUCAUCUCUCGCCUGGAGAGCGUGAAGAGAGAGCAGGACACCAUUAACUCUCUGGAAGAAAGGCUGCAGCAGAUUCAGGAGGAGGAAGAAAGAGAAGAUACUGAGAUCAUGGGAAGUGCUCCCCAGCUCUCCCCCCACCCUUUGACCCUCCUCUCUGGCUCUUCUGACGAGGACCCCCAGGCCAUCCUGGACGAACACCUCUCUCGUGUCCUGAAGACCCCCGGCUGCCAGUCCCCUGCUGUCAUCCGACAUUCACCUCGCUCCAGCUCCCCGGAGCACAGGCCCUUCACCCGGGCAGGCUUUGGAAUCAAGGCCCUAGUGAGGACUGGGCCCUCCACUUCUUCUGUCUCUAGUCCUGACCAAGGGGCAUUCACUCUGGCCUUGGGCCCCGGCAGGACCCUUGUAAGCAGGCAGAGCACGAAACACAUCCACCACCACUACAUCCACCAUCAUGCCAGUCCCAAGACUAAAGAGCAGAUUGAAAGGGAGGCAGCCCUCAGGGUGCACGGCCUGUGCUCCAGCAGUGGGGACUGCCAGCCCUGCCAGCCUUACCAGCGCAGCCGCAGCCUUGGUAGAGAGACGUGCGGGGCUAUUUCAACAGACAACAGUGUGGGGCGUUCCAGUUCUCUAUCCAGGCGUGUGUGUCGUUCAGGGGCUGAGGAUGGAGUAGCGGAGAGGUGUAUGGAGGACUGUGGGCCGUUACAGCUGCCCAGCGACACAACAGACCCCACCCAAAAUGUGUUGCAGUGGAUCCUGGAAAGUAAACAGCGGGGCAGGCACAAGUCUCACAGUAUGCAGAGCACCAAGAAAUCCUUUGGAGGCUCCUCCACCCAGACGCACACAUGGGGUGGUGGAGGAAGCUGUGGCCACCUACGUAGCCACCAGCCAGCCCAACCAUUCAUCCAAGACCCUGCCAUGCCUCCCUUGCCCCCUCCCAACACUUUGGCCCAGCUGGAGGAGGCCUGCCGUAGACUGGAGGAGGUCUCCACCAAGACCACCAAGCAAAGGCAUGCGAUGUCCAGUCUCCAGCGAGAGAAGAGCCACCUAGUGCCUGUCCAGGGUGGGGGGUCCGUCCCUCUGUCUCUAGCCAAUCCCAGCCCUGCUGGCCUCCUCACGACCAGCCCCGGUCUCCACUCAGAAGAGGUGAAGGAGUGUAAGAAGGGUUUAGGAAGCCAUGGGGUGUGCAGCGGAGAGACGGUGGUGACGUAUUUCUUCUGUGGUGAGGAGAUCCCCUACCGGAGGACCAUGAAGAGCCACAGUCUCACCCUGGGCCACUUCAAGGAGCAGCUCCGCAAGAAGGGCAACUACAGGUACUAUUUCAAGAAAGCCAGUGAUGAGUUUGAGUGCGGUGCGGUGUUUGAGGAAGUGUCAGACGACGGCUCCUUGCUGCCCACCUACGAGGGCAAGAUCCUGGGCAAGGUGGAGAGGAUGGAGUGAGAGCAUGCUGCACAUGUUGUGGAAUAAACUCCUACACACGCGUCACACCUCUAUGGAUGUACUCCUUCAUAUGCUCA